UUAAGCAGGCAGCUGCACCUCAUUCAUGGCUUCUGCCCCAACCCCAACCCUCUUUUUCUACAUCUUUCUUGCUCUGCAUUUCUUUAUCUUCUUUUCUCAAAUCCCCAGUUUCCAUUUUCACUUCUGAACUCUAAAGUCACUGUCUUUCUUAGAAAACUUUUGACCCCUUUAGAGGGGUUAUUUUGACUGAUUUUUUUCUCUCAGGGCGUGAGUGAGUUUGCAGAGGGAGUUUUGGAUCAAAUAGAGCAGGCAUGAGAAAAAGGGCAGCUCAAAGUUGGGAACUUUAUAAUCAAAAUGUGCUUCUUCUAGUGCUUCUUCUUUGUUUUCAUGGCUCCAGUUGUAAUCCACUGAGCAAUCUUAAGGGCUCUGUAUUUACAGACAAAAAGGAUAAUGGUCUUUUGCCUCAGAUCUCCCCAUCUGCAGCUCCUGAGGCGCAGCCCCUUCUUCCUCUUUUGGCACCUUCUCCAUUGGCACCAUUCACUAAUAGCAGUGUCCCAAAAUUAUCUGGACGUUGCCCAUUGAACUUUGCUGCUGUAGAAAACAUGAUAAGUGUGACGUCAAUUGAUUGUGCAGCUCCAUUUGCAGAGUAUCUAGCUAAUGUAAUGUGCUGCCCCCAACUAGAAACCACUCUAUUAGUGCUUGCUGGCCAAUCUAGUAAAGAUACAAAUAUGCUUGCGUUAAAUAGGACAAUAGCAGAGCACUGUCUAUCAGAUCUUCAGAAAAUUCUCGUGAGCAGGGGUGCUAAUGAUACUCUGCAACAUAUAUGCACUCUUAACCUGUCAAACCUCACUGAAGGUUCUUGUCCAAUCAGUGAUGUGCGUGAGUUUGAGGCCACAGUGGAUUCAUCUAGCCUCCUUGCUGCCUGUGGGAAGAUUGAUCUUGUGAAUGAGUGUUGUGAGCAAAUCUGUCAAAAUGCUAUAACCGAAGCAGCUGGAAAGCUUGUCGCAAAUGCUUAUGAUCUUUUAAAAACAGAUGGAUCUCAUGCUCUACCUAACCACUCUGCCAAAACUGAUGAUUGCAAACGUGUCGUGCUCCGUUGGUUGGCAAGUAAACUUGAUCCUUCGGAUGCAAAAGAUGUUCUUAGAGGGCUGUCUAACUGCAAAAAUAAUCGAGUGUGCCCUUUGGUUUUUCCCAACAUGGGCCAUCACAUAAAGGCUUGUGAGGACAGGAUAAGUAACGAGACAGCAUGUUGUAGUGCCAUGGGGAGCUAUGUGUCUCACUUACAAAGGCAAAGCUUUAUAACUAACUUGCAAGCUUUGGAUUGUGCUUCUUCACUUGGUCGGAAGUUACAGAAGGCUAAAGUUACCCAAAAUGUAUACAAUCUCUGCCACAUUAGUCUCAAGGAUUUUUCUGUCCAAGUUGCACCAGAUGUGUCUGGGUGCCUUUUGCCUAGUUUGCCAUCAGAUGCGAUACUCGACAAAACCUCAGGGAUCAGCUUUGUCUGUGAUUUGAAUGAUAACAUUCCAGCUCCUUGGCCUUCUGCAUCACAUUUACAAGCCUCAUCAUGCAAUAAAACUGUAAAAAUUCCCGCACUUCCUGCUGCAGCAUCUGGGCAAAAGUGUCUUUAUGCUGUAGACAAAAGGUCGGUUCUGAUCCUAGUAGUCUCAGCAGUGGUUGUGCUUCUGUAAAGUUAUUCGCCAGUCGCCACCUUUCUCCUUAAGUUGUAUGGGAAACGUUAAUGGUCUUAUCAAUCCUUGCAAGUAAGGAAGCCAUUGAAACCAUAACGCAACUUCUGUAUCAGAUUAAUCUGCAAUAAUCCAAGAAAAAUUUGUGGAGCUGAGGCAGAGAAUGAUACAAGGGAGUAAUAUAUAUCACAUUUAGUUUUCUCAAGCUUUGAAUCAGCAUAGCAUUGAUUCCUGUAAGUUGUAAUAGAACUUUUUUUUUUGGAGAGAGACAUUGCUGGAGAUGAAAUUCCAUGUAAUUAUCAAACAUCUUAACCAACCGGCCAUGUAGAUUUCUUCAAGUCCUGAGAAUAUUGCUGUGUUGUAUUAGAUUAGAUAGGUUUCUAGCUUGCUGCUUAUAUGGUUGUAAAUUUGAAUGUUCUCUCAGGACUUAAAAGAAUAUUAUGGUCAAGCGGCAUAGUUAUGGUUAUUAUUAUUAUUAUUAUUAUUA